CCCGGAUCGACAGCUGAUCAUGUCUUGCUUCCUGCUCUCUCUCACAGGCAACUUCAGGUCUUGAUCAAUUGACAAAGCCUUUCACCCAUUAACUCCAUACCACCGUCAAGAUGCUCGUCAAGUCCGUCCUCGCCACUCUCUCGGCUGCCACCGCCGUCUUUGCUGCCACUCCCCUCGAGAGCGGCAACUGGGUUCCCGCCAGCCCAGGCUUCUCGACCCAGACCUGUGCCGGAGGCAGCGUCAGCGGCAGCACCUUUUCCAUCCCCGCGAACCCCAACGGAAGCACCAGCGGCUCCGGCUGCUCCAACGGCCACCUCCGCGCCGAGCGUCGCUACAACGACGACUACACCACCGGCGUCCACCAGUUCGCCGGCACCUUCAAGAUCAACUCCCUGGGCGGCAGCCGUAUCGCCAUCAAGCAAACCUUUAACGGAGACACCGGCCCCUACUUCAUCCUGGCCGUCGACACUGGCGGCCGCCUGUACAGCGUCGAGGGCGGUGCUACUCUGGCUACCGGCGUUGCCAACGUCGGCUCGAGCGUCACCAUCAACACUGUCCACAACGCCGACAUCCACAGCUACCGCGUCUAUGUCAACGGCCAAUUGGCUUUCCGUGACGACAAUGCUCCUGGCGGAAGCUUCUAUGACAAGUUUGGUGCUUACACCACUGACAGCGGCGUUGGUCCCAUGAGCAUCACUUGGUCUGAUGUUGCUUUCUGGACCCGCCAGUAAGCGAUUCAUCAAUCGAGGGAUGAGUUGUUAUGAAGGGGUGUGCUUGACGGAGAGGUUUUUCGUUGUAUAUUUGUUGGAGGAUUUGUAUAUGCGCUUCUGACUUGAGCGGAAUAAUGUUUAUAGCUCCAUAUGCUUAUUCUGUAUAUAAUCGGCUUCAUGACUUAGCG